GACAACGACAUGCUAUCGGAUGCGACAACAUGCAAGCCGCGUGGCCCGUCAUUCCUACUUGGCCGCAUGGGGGACAUGACGGAUUUCCGAUUCGUCGACAAGCUUCUUUCGAGAAUUACGUCAUCGGCGGAACUUCUACAAAGGCAGCACCUCGACACCCACGGCCUCAGAGGGCACGGCACACGCCUGAGGGACAGCAUGGCUGAAAAGCUACUGCUCGUUUUGCAGGUCAUGUCGUGGUUUUCGGGUACAGCGAUCACUUGGAAUGGAUUGCCAUCCUGCCUGCCGUAUCGUCUCGACAACGACAUGCUAUCGGAUGCGACAACAUGCAAGCCGCGUGGCCCGUCAUUCCUACUUGGCCGCAUGGGGGACAUGACGGAUUUCCGAUUCGUCGACAAGCUUCUUUCGAGAAUUACGUCAUCGGCGGAACUUCUACAAAGGCAGCACCUCGACACCCACGGCCUCAGAGGGCACGGCACACGCCUGAGGGACAGCAUGGCUGAAAAGCUACUGCUCGUUUUGCAGGUUGGUUCAUGGCCUGAUUCUAUUUCCUAUCGCAGUGACGAUAGAUUUCUCGUAGUUCUGCCGUGCCCUCGCAGAUGUCGCGCCAUUUUGGUUGACUGCUGGUCAGUGAUGCUGUUGUUGUUGACAUCGGGAGAUAUUGAGGAAAAUCCAGGGCCCCCGACGGAAGAGUAUUUGAAGGCCAUUCUAGACAACCAGGCAGAAACCGACCGGAAGCUUAAUUCAAUUCAAGAACAAAUUGGUGUUCUCUCAGCAAGGACAGAAAAGCUGUCAGAUUACCUUGUGGUAAUCCAGGAGAUGACCGCAACAAUAGAUAAGCUCGAGGAUACUGUCAGGCAACAGGCCAAAAAAUUAGUUGAGUUUGAAAAUCGUGGGCGGCGUAACAACCUUUUAGUGUUUGGUGUCCCGGAAAAGGCGAACGAAACAGAGUCAGAUCUCAGGGCAGCUGUUGCAGAUAACAUUUUUAAAAAAGAACUAGGUGUCCAAGUCACCACAAUAGAAAGAAUUCACCGUAUUGGAAGGAAGAAGCCAGAAAAGCAUAGACCUAUCAUAAUGAAAUUCUAUGACAGCAGGGAAAAGGACAGCAUUCUAAAGAAUUGCAAGAAACUUAAGGGAAAAUCUGUUCACGUCAGCAAUGAUUAUGCAAAAGAAACUGCAGACGUUAGAAAGAAACUAUGGGAAUCUGCCAUUUUAGAAAGGGACAAUAAGCAAAAGGUGUCUCUGGCUCAUGAUAAGCUUAAGAUUGAUGACCGUCUAUAUGCCUGGGAUCACAGUCGCAACGAGCGUAUUCUUUUCCAAGAACGCCGUGAUAAGGGCCGCCAUAGCAAUCGCAAAGUGUCGGGGGAAGCUUGCGAUGACAAGGAGAGCAUGCCUUCCUGCAGUUCAAAUACAGCAUAG